UCAGCUCCGGACGGUGGAUAUGGUUGGUGUGUCUGUGCAUCAGCUUUUUCAGUUCACUUUGUCCUGGCUGGAAUACAGAACAGCUUUGGAAUUCUCUACGUUUAUAUUCUGGAUGAAUUUGGGGGCAAAAAGGGCACGUCAGCAUGGGUGGGUUCUAUUCACCUGUUCGCUCUAUACACUGUGGCUCCGUUUGUUACCAUCGCUUGUGACCUCUGGGGAUGCCGUAUCACGGGAUUUGUUGGUGGCUUAGUCUGCGUGACGGGUCUGGUGGCAUCGUCGUUCGUUACUCAGCUCUACCUGUUAUUUGUGACAUAUGGAGUUUUAUUUGGGAUCGGGGCUUCGUUGGCCUUCAUUACAACUUUUAGAAUCAUCUCACUCUGGUUCGAGAGGAAAUUAGCGCUGGUUAAUGGUAUAUGUAGUGCUGGCGCAUAUUGUGGUACCAUUGCCCUUGGGCCAUUCAUUCAGCAUAUAGUGACGCUUACAGGACUCUCCACAACCUUUAUUAUUAUGGCGGGAAUCGCUGCUGUCACUGCAGUCUCUGCCCUUGCAUAUCGUCCUCCACCAGAACCAGUCAGUUUAGGAAAGAGAGAUAUCCAGUUCAAGAAAAUAUUCGAUCGAACCCUACUAAAAGAUAAAUCGUUCCUGGUGUUUUUGCUGGGGAUAGGAUUAUACGCCAGCGGUUGCCUAAUACCUGCUUCAUAUGUGCCCGCGUUUGCCAAGGAGUUAGGAGUGCCACCAAAGAAAGGGGCCUUUUUGCUUAUGGCCUGGUCAGCAUCAUCCAGUAUUUUCUCCUUUUUUACUGGCAAACUUGCUGACAAGUUUUCACGUUACCGUGUAGAGAUUUUUCAGUUUGCCAUGAUCGGGGUCGCCAUAUCCACGUCUCUCCUAUCGCCAGCACGGAGUUUCCAUGGUUUCAUUGGGAUGAUGGUCAUAUACGGGGCUUUCGAUAGCGGCUUUGUGUUACUAAGAGCAGUGGUUGCCGAAGACUUGGUUGGUAGAGACCAGGCCUCCAGAGGUGUUGGGAUCAUGUUCACAGUGCUUGGUAUCGCUUAUUGCGCUGGAAUUCCAUUGGCUGGUUGGAUAUACGACACCACUAACUCGUAUCCUUUGAGUUUUAUUGCGGCGUCCGUUUUUAGCGCUUCUGGCUGCAUUCUACUUUUCCUCAUCCCACUUUUUCGAAUCUCACAUAAGAGGUUGCUCCAUGAUCCGAAAACUGUAGAUCGUGUCGGCCAUCUGGAACAGAAGGAGCUUCACUCCGAUAUGGAGAGACUUAAAUUCUCACCCAUACCAUUAACUGAAAUAUCCAUUCAAAAUGUGGACCUAAGAACGUUACGAGAAACAUAUUUAUAAUGUGGACAUUAAAUGAUAAAGCACUUCGAGUGAUAAAUGUUAUUUUUACACCUAUUGCGUCUCAGUAUUACUCAUUAAUUUCCCUCUUGAUUUCAUUUAAGUUUUUGACAUUGUUGACGUCAUUUCCAUGAUCAAUUAAUCAAAGUAGAUUCCAUGUUACCAUGCAUCUGUUCUGUAAUAUAUAGCUGACAGAUGACGUCAAAUUGUGCUAAGAACAAAAAAAGUGAUGCACUCGACUGUGCCACAAUGCUUUCCACCCCAAGCUAAAAGUAACUUUAGUGGAAUCGGCAUGUCUCGGCCGACACCUUGAGUUUUCCCUCUCUGUCUCAUUAUUUUUUCUUGGUCUUACUUUUGAUCUAUUGGAGAACGGAUGCUCAGACGACGUCGCCAUUAACAUUAUUUUCCUAUUUUAUCAAAGAAAACUGACAAAGAUUCCAAAUGCAUGUUGCCGUGCGUCUCAGUCAGUAAUGGAUCAUAGGUGA